GUGGGGCAAAGGGAGGGGCCCUCUGGUCUGGGGCCUGGGGCUGGGCAGGGUCUCCCCUGACUCUGACCGGACUGUGCACUCCCGUACCUGGACUGCUGGAUCCUCCGUGCCAUGGGGACCCUGGAGACCCUUCUCCUGCUCAGCGCCCUGCUCCUGUCGCCGGCUGAGGCCCAGCAGGCCUCAGAGCGUCAACUGAAGCCAUGGCUGGUGGGCCUGGCUUCUGUCGUGGGGUUCCUGUUCAUCAUCUUCAUCCUCAUGCUGGCCAAGCGUAUCUGGUGCUCCAAAGAGAGAGCUGAGGAUGAAGAGGAGUCCGCAUUCAGAAUGGAUCCCCGCUUGAACGAGGAAGUGGACCUGAGUAAAGAAGACAAGAAGGGGAAGAAAGAGAAGGAGAAAAAGGCCGAGAAGGAAGGAGAGAGAAACUUGGGGCUGGAGCUGGAGGAGAAAGAGGAGCGCAGAGACCAGGAGAAAGUCAAGAACACGGCCAUGUGAAGACUCCUCAGCCUCUGCCUCCAGGCAGCCCCCCAGAGGUGCCCCUUCCACACCCUAGAAGCAGUGACCUGAACCUGAAGCCACUGCAGUGACUCUAUCUGGGGUUGAGAGUACAGCGUCCUGAAUGAAGAGGCUUGGGACCACCCCUCCCGCCUCAAGGAGGGAUCUUUGUGCGUUAUGUGGUCUAUAUGUGUUAUGAUUUGUACCACCUGGUGAUUCUUCUUG